AUUUGCAACCCACCCCCGUCUGUUGGCAAAGUACGGUCAUGUGGGGUGACACCAUUUCUGGAAGUUCAUCUUGACGAUGUACUCGAACGCAAGCACCUUCCACCUCUCGGCCUCAAGGAUUUCGAAGAAUAUCUUCUCUAUGUCGAGCAAUCACCAGAAAAUCUCUAUUUUUUGCUUUGGCUGAAGGAGUAUACCACGCGUUACCACAUCUGGGCCCAGCGUACCAAAGCCAUAAGUGCCCCAACUGCUCCUGAUACUGCAACACGACAAGCCUUUCGCACUCCACCGUCGUCAGACCCGUCGCUUGCUCUUUUUUAUGCGAAAGCAAAGCAGACCUUCUUCACCCCUGGCGCCGAGUACGAACUUGAUGUCCCUUCAGAUAUUCUAGCUCCAUUUCAUUCCAUUUCGAACCCACCAAACGCCCACCCAGAUCCUGCAGUAUUCAUAGAGGUGGCAUUAGAGACACGCGCUAUGCUUAAAGAGUCCCUUUCACACUUUGUUCGGGCAGCUUCUACAAAUGUUGGCUCACGCAGAGCAGCCUGCGGCAUUGCCGCUGGGAUACUAUGUUUAUGCAUUGCUGGAAUUUUACCUCUUGCACUGACGUCUGGUGACUGGCUCGGUGCCCCUCACGGACGGUGGUGGAGGCUAUCAGCGUUCCCCGGCAUGUGGCUUGGUCUGAUGUUAUUGUUCUCUAGUUUCAACGGAAUUUGUCUCAUGGUGUAUGUUUUUGGCGAUCUGAGGCAACUUCGAAAAUUCGAGCUCGCUAGGCCAGCUAUUUCAAGGCCGCUGCCUGCCCCUGCCCCUGCGGUCACGUCGAUAUCUGCGCCACUGCCUCACCGGCCGGCGCCUAGCAUCCGAAUAUCCAAGCAUCACGACAGGCAGUAUGAUCCAGAGUUCUACUCGUCUAGGUCUUUCCAAUCCGCACCAUACUCCCUUUCUGCAGAACGACGCUCAUUCUCGCGAGCCUCGGACGCGUAUUCUUCCACCGAACAGUCCGGAUCUUCAGAAGACGAAGACGCGCCUUCUUCAUUCGAGUCGCCGGAGAUCGAAAUUUCUCCCGCCUUCUUCGAUGAUGUGCCUGCACCGGAGGGUCCAGCCACAGCUACAGGCUUGCAUCGAUCUCAUUAUCGUUCCGUGCAAUCAUCAUCUAUCACUUUCCCUUCCAUAGCACAUACUCGACAAAAGGAUCCUAGUUCCUUCGGUCCCAGCGCAGCGUUCAUUCGUCACGAGAUAGACCUCGAUGCGGAAGAUGGUCUAAAAGAGCGCGCCCACACAGGACGAGACGAGAUAGAGGGUUUUGAUUUUGAUCUUCUUCCAAAGUCUAUCAGGGGAAACGUAAUCCUUGCAGAUAACAUUCGCCUGCCAAGCAACACUUCCCGACCCCCUAUCACUGUCACUAUCGCAGACCAUAUUCCAACGCUAUCUAUCCAAACUGAAAACCCCGCUCCUUCAAACAACCUCCUCAGUUCUGCCAUCGCACGCCAGCAGUAUAAAUGCAAGCGCACAUACGCACCCCCGUUAUCACUCGUUUCACAAACUUCUUCAAUUCAAUCACCCAAUUCGUCCACGCCAUCUCCGAUACCGAGCUCUAAUCGCUCCCCCCUUGUCUCCUUCAUGAUCCCCUCUUUCACCGCGGGUGUUCCCGCUUUUCAAGCACCAAUGACGCGUGUGCGGUCGCCUGUGGUAAUCCGAGCCCAAUGGGAAGUUGUCAUUCGCUCCGCCGUCCUCGGAUUAAUUUGCACCGUAACGCUUGUCGCUAUUUUUGUUGGUGUUGUUCCGUGA